GAAAUUUUUGGCCUUGGCUUUCCCUUAGUGUACAAUACGUUUUGUUCCAGGAUUGAAUAUUUAUUUUCAAAGUUCAGGAUUUUUGCUAUUAUUUUGGAAUUAAAACAAAAAUAAACAGAGAUUCAGGUAUUCUUUAGUUUUAUUUUCUUGGUAAAACCCAUCUAUCAGUAAGAAACCUUAUGGUCUGAGGUUAGAUCUUUGUUUGCAUUCCCUACUUCAUUUACGACUGUACAUUUUCCUUCGUUUUUAUUUUUAGAGCAUCUAUACGAAAAUGAAACGGUCGGGUCAAAAAAUACAAUCGAAAGAUACAAAUGUGAAGAGAUCGAAAUUUGCCGAUGCUAGACAUAUUCAGGUAGAAUCUCCAGCAUUAAAGAACGGUGCUGUGGACAUUAAACGCUUUGUCGAAUCCAGAUCUUUUGAAAUUUCUGCAUUACAAGAUGCUAUGCAACGGUCGAAGCACUCGAGUGCUCAACGUGCAUUUCAAGCGCUUCCACGCUGUCUUAGAAGACGUGCGGCUUCUCAUAAUAUUCGACGGAUUCCCAAGGCUCUACGGGACCGUGCGUAUUAUGAAAUGCAGCUGAGUUCUUCUGCUACAACACCAAUUAUUCCUUCCAAGCAACGCCUAAAAAGAUUCAUAAAACGACUCCACAGAAAAUUAGCACGUCAAGGUCUACGUUCUCAAAUUACAAACUCUGGGCAAUUACAAACAGAACACUCAACUGAGGAUUCUAGGAUUCCAUCCUUAGCUGCAGUAAAGUUAGUAAGCGGGAAGUUUGCCGGACGGCAAUUACGAAAAGUUUGGUUACCAACUCACCUUUGGACUUCAAAACGUGCUCACAUGAUUAAUGCAUGGGGUUAUGCAAUUCCAGAAAGUCCAACUGAAAAGUCUUACCGGCCUACUCAUAGAGCUGCUUUCUGUUUGAAUGCCAUUGCAUUUGAUAUGUCUUAUCAACCAUUAGUUUCCAUUAGUGGGCCUUUAAAGGUUCUCCUAGAAACGUUCGGAGAAUGUUUUACCACAGGACUCCCCGCUGCAUACACCCGGUCUUAUCGUUCAUUCACCAGUUAUGUCAGAAAUUCUCAAACGAAAGAGCUCUUAUGUCCUUGUUUAUUACAAUGGCACAAUCCUAACGAGGCAUGCAAAACAAAAAUUCCGGUUCGUAAUUCUGAAAAUGUAGUACAAUUAGUUAUCCGACUGCAUGCUUCUGCUUUUUUAGAUGCGUGGAAUCAUUUAUCAAGCAUUGCCGUUUUAGAUGAUCAAAUUGCUAUGCAUGAUUGGAGAUUGGAAUUGGCUUCAUUCGACGUCUUGGGUCCUGACGCUAACUUAGUUCUUCAUGACAUUUUCCCAGACAUUCAGUCUUCAGAAAAAGGAACAUGGAAGUCAAUUUCCACGUUACCUACUACUUCUCUUCCAUUUGGCGCAUCCAUUGGGUUUGAUGCAUCAUUGGUAAAUAAUGAAUCUAAAUUGAGACAAGAAGAAAAAAGAAUGAAUGAAAGUGGUAAAGAAAUCAGAAACGAUGAAGUAUUAGAUAGCAAAAUUGGUUUAUGGGAUAAACAUGAAAUACCAUCUUUUGAUAUUUUUAAUUAUGUUCAACAGAAAAGGCACUUGACGUUGAAUGUUCAAAACGAAUUAGUGCCUAUUUACAUUACUCAUCGACCGAAAUGGAAUGGGUUAACUGUCAUAUUGCCUUGGGGAGCAGCAAAGUUUUUCUGGCAGAAGUUGAUGUAUCGGAAAGGUGUACGAUUUGGAGGGCUAAAAAAUUUGCAUCAAAUUGCUUUCGAAAAAAAGAUGCCUUUUUUUCCUGCUGAUUUUCCUGAUACAAAGAGCGGACAGGCAUAUGAAAUUCAACGAAAGCAGCGAAACGAGGAACACUGGAGAAGACGACCACCGGCGAAACGAGUUAACUAUGAAAAUUUUGGCAAGAAUUUCUCUGAAAUUGGUGACCCAUUUUGUUGUUAUUGGGAAUACUUCUCUGAUGACGCACAUUCCGAUGUCAUGGACCGAACUGCUCAGACGUUUUCAAGAGUUGAAAUUCGAAUGGUACAAAGAGGUGCUUUACACGAUCGGGCUCGCAUCUAUAGUAUCGACCAGGAUCAAAUUGAUGGUUGGAAGAAACUGAUUUAUGACAAAAAAAUUACAGCAGAAGCUGCUGAAUAUCCUCCUUGUCCGAAGGCUGAUGCCUUAUCUGGAUUUGUGACAACUGCUAAUUUUAAUCUGACUGCUGGAAGGCCUUCAGGCAUUGCUAGUAUAAAAUCCGUGACGCUGGGUGGAAAACCCCAAGGUUAUUGUCUUGUUCGUAAUGUGGGCUGCUCUAUUCCUCGGUUGGCUCAAUGGAAGUUAUUGCUUUAAAGUUUUCAUAAACAUUUGCUUUUCUUUGAAAUGCCUUUCCACUCUAAAGUAUCCUUUCCAUGGAUUCCUUGCUACCAUCCAAUCUUCCAAAUAUAGAAAGCGUAACGCUUAGAUGGAUCAUGCUAGUAAUCAUUCUUGGAUGUAGGAAAACUACUAAAUAAAUAAAUAAAUAAUAAUGGGUUCAAAUUUCACAGAUUCCAUAGUCAAUGGCUCAAUACAAACUACGAAGACAUGUAUGGGAGCAGCAACCGUUAGUCGGAUGCAGGAAAAAAAAGAAAAGAGAGAAAAUCAUUUCCUAAGGACUUGUUCAUAGCCUCCAAGGUUUUUCGUGUCUCUUACUUUUUUC